AGUUCAACUGCGUCGAUGCGCUCGACGUUCGCUCCUUCAGGCUGCGUGCGUCGGUUCCCAGCAUCCUCUUGGCCGCGUCGCUUUGACAAGAGACUUGCCAGUCAUUCCGUCUCCGGAAGCGGAAAUCUUAGACGAGUAAAGCACCGGGAGGCCAACAUGAAAGAAGCAGUGGCUAAGCGAAAAGAACCAGAGGACGUGGAGAUGAAAGAAGAGGAGGCGGCCGCGGGAACGGGCGAGGGAGGGAAGAAGGAGCUGGACAGCGUCACAUUAGAAGAUAUAAAAGAACAUGUAAAGCAGAUUGAGAGAGCCGUAUCUGGAAAGGAGCCACGAUUUGUCCUUCGGGCUUUAAGAGCUUUACCCUCGACCUCUCGCCGCCUCAACCCCAAUGUCCUGCACAAGGCAAUUAAUGGCUUUUUCACCUCCAACGCUACGACCCGUGAUUUUCUUCUCAGCUUCCUAGAAGAGCUGAUGGACACAGAGGGAGACGUGCAGUUUCGGCCACGCACUGGCAAGGCUGCCUCCGCUCCCCUGCUGCCAGAGGUAGAGACGUAUCUCCAGCUGUUACUUGUCAUUCACCUGAUGAACAGCAAACGCUAUACAGAGGCUCAAAAAGUAUCUGAUGACUUAAUGCAGAAGAUUAUCCCCCAGAACCGGCGUGCGCUCGACUUGGUCGUUGCAAAAUGUUACUAUUACCAUUCACGUAUUUACGAGUUCCGCGAUAAGUUGGAUGGAGUCAGGAGUUUCCUACAUGCAAGACUGCGCACAGCCACGCUCAGACACGAUGCAGACGGGCAAGCGACGCUGCUCAACCUUCUGCUCAGAAAUUAUCUUCAGUACAGCUUGUACGAUCAGGCGGAGAAAUUAGUGUCCAAGUCUGUGUUCCCUGAGCUGGCAAAUAAUAAUGAAUGGGCCCGGUAUUUGUAUUACACAGGGCGCAUUAAAGCCAUUCAGCUGGAGUACACAGGAGCAAGGAGGACUCUGACUAACGCCCUGAGGAAGGCUCCCCAGCACACUGCCGUGGGCUUCAAACAGACCGUUCACAAGCUUCUGAUUGUGGUGGAGCUGCUACUUGGAGAAAUCCCAGAUCGUCUCCAGUUCAGGCAACAUUCUCUCAAGAGAUCACUUAUGCCCUAUUUCCUUCUUACUCAAGCCGUUAGGACUGGAAAUCUGUCCAAAUUCAACCAGGUUCUUGAGCAGUUCUGCGAGAAGUUCCAGUCUGAUGGGACGUACACACUUAUCAUUCGUCUGAGACACAACGUCAUCAAGACAGGUGUGCGAAUGAUCAGCCUGUCAUACUCACGGAUCUCUUUGCCUGACAUUGCUCAGAAACUACAGCUUGACAGUGCCGAGGAUGCAGAGUUUAUAGUGGCCAAAGCCAUUCGCGAUGGGGUUAUUGAGGCCGGCAUUAACCAUGAAAAAGGCUACGUCCAAUCUAAGGAGAUGAUUGAUAUUUAUUCCACAAGAGAGCCACAGUUGGCAUUUCACCAGCGCAUAUCGUUUUGCUUGGAUAUACACAACAUGUCUGUAAAGGCUAUGCGAUUUCCCCCAAAGUCCUACAACAAAGACCUGGAGUCUGCAGAGGAACGCAGAGAGAGAGAACAGCAGGACUUAGAAUUUGCUAAGGAAAUGGCAGAAGAUGAUGAUGAUGGAUUUCCAUGACCUGUGUCACCACUACCGUUUUUUUUUUUUUUUUCAUUAUUGUUUUUGUUUAAUUCUUUUGGUUUCAACGAUACACAUGUGACUUGCCACCCCUCCCUAGCCAUAUCCCUUGUCUUCAUGCAUGUUCUUUUCACUGGAAAGCUAGGGGGUGUUGGGUGGAAAAAUUGGGCUGAUCUAGAGUGCCGUUUAUGGGGACUGGCAUUUAUCUGCCCUCUGUGUGGCUAUCCAGUAAUAUUAUGUUCCUUAGACCAUUCUACAAGAAGAUACUGUUCCUUUAUAUUAAAUAAACAUACCUCACGCUGCAAAUUCUGUUGAAGGGAAAUCCAAUGUAAUUAGAAAUACGUUUUCUUUUCGUCGCUUCUUGUAUUCCUAACCUGCAGAAUUACCUUUAUACUUACAAAUCGCACCUGCCAUACUAAAAAUAAGUAAAAGGAAGAAGUGGUGCACUAAUCAAGCAACGCACUCUCUAUUAAAGGGGAAGUUAAGUACAGCUUCACCCUCCUAAUUUCCCCUUUAACAUUCAUUCACCUGCCUUCAGUAUUUGGGAAGCCACAAAUGAGCAUGUGCAGAGACUCGCGACAAUUCUAUUUAACAUCACACCAGACUUGGAAAGUGAAUAGAAAUGUAGUGAGGUUGGCACCUCAUUUUGUUUAUGUACUUUCACUGUGUCUUUAUAGGAACAUUUACCCUAUAUAUCUUAAUGUAAAAUGUUCUGAGCACUGUUUAUCGUAGCAGUUUCUAAAAUUAGGAAUCUGUAGUGUUUGAGGGCUGGAAACAAAGGCAAACGAUGAAUUUACAGAAACAUGAAGCAUCUCCUGGCUCUUCUCUGCUCAGUUCUAUCACUCCUGUGACACUGAGCUAUUGAACUGAACAGGAGCCACGUCCUGCUUAACUCCGUGUGAUGCAAACAGAGAGUUUGUUGUGGUUUUUGAAUUAUUUAGCCUUUUAUUCAGGAGCUCUGCAGUUUGGAAUCUUGGCAGCGAUAGGGUUGCCCUACCCCAGCAGUGAAUUGAAUGGGAGACUUUUUGCCCAGGAUGAACAGCAGGGGGCGCUUGGGUUACACAGUCACAAUAACAGCAGUGGGAAAGAAUUGAUCGGAGCAAUUUAGUUCUAUUGUAGCCUUUACUUUACUAGUUCUAUUGUUACCUUUGCUCUUUGGCUACAACAGGGGAUAAAUAAAAUGUUAACAAAAAUAAUGGCUAA